CUCUCGCGAGAACUGCAGCGUGUAUGUGAGGGCUGCGGGCGGAAGUGCGGCCUUUUCUUGCAGCGGCGCGGCGAAGAUGAAGUUGAACAUCUCUUUCCCAGCCACUGGCUGCCAGAAGCUCAUUGAAGUUGAUGAUGAGCGCAAGCUCAGAACAUUCUACGAGAAACGGAUGGCCACGGAGGUCGCGGCUGAUUCUCUGGGAGAGGAGUGGAAGGGCUACGUUGUCCGGAUCAGCGGUGGCAAUGACAAACAAGGCUUCCCCAUGAAGCAGGGUGUCCUGACCCACGGCCGCGUCCGCCUCCUCCUCAGCAAGGGCCACUCCUGCUAUCGCCCCAGGAGGACGGGAGAGAGGAAGCGCAAGUCCGUUCGGGGCUGCAUUGUCGAUGCCAACUUGAGUGUUCUCAACUUGGUCAUAGUGAAAAAGGGUGAGAAGGAUAUUCCUGGGCUGACAGACACAACUGUGCCCCGUCGCCUUGGUCCCAAGAGAGCUAGCAGAAUCCGCAAGCUCUUCAACCUGUCCAAGGAGGACGACGUUCGCCAGUAUGUUGUGAGGAAGCCUCUGAACAAAGAAGGGAAGAAACCCAGAACAAAGGCUCCCAAGAUCCAGCGACUUGUGACUCCCCGAGUCCUGCAGCACAAGCGCAGGCGUAUUGCUCUGAAGAAGCAGCGCACUCAGAAGAACAAGGAGGAAGCGGCAGAAUACGCAAAGCUCUUGGCCAAGAGAAUGAAGGAAGCCAAGGAGAAACGCCAGGAGCAGAUUGCAAAGAGGCGCCGACUUUCUUCAUUGAGAGCAUCUACAUCUAAGUCUGAGUCAAGUCAGAAGUAAAGAUGUACGUGAUACUAAAAA